AUGUACUCAGCUCUGCUCCUUACUGUCGUGGUGGUGGGCGUCGCAGCGUGGGAAACAACAAGUCCUGAACAGUAUCUAGACGUGGGAGAUUUCUACCAGUAUCUUCAUGAGCCGAGCCAUCAUAGGCAAACUAGACAGCUCCAUGGAAAUACUUUUUUCAAUACUGAUGGGACUUCAGAUGUCCCACCCACACGCAUGAAGCGCUUCGCAUCAAGCUUCCUUGUGCGAGCUGCUAAGCAGAGGAAUUCUUGCCCAGAGUCUGUAUUUCCUGAAGGAUAUAACCUGGGUGUCUUCAAGGCCCGAGUGAAUAGGGUCGACGUGCUCCAUCGUAGACCGCGUCAUCGCUUACCACCAGGCGAGAUAGUGGUCGAAGGUUUUGGAUUAUCAGCGCCAUUCGGAACAAGCCAGAAGAAUACGUUCAGUGCUACCGGAGGAGCUAACUUCGAUGCCGCCAGUCGUCUACAAUCUGCUUCCUAUGGGCUCGCCAUGAAUAAUGCCAACGGGCAUGGACUCUCCUUAACGAAUACGCACAUCCCAAACUUCGGCAAUCAAUUCAAAGCUGCUGGAUAUGCGAAUCUAUUCCGCAAUCAGAACCAUGAUGUAUCAGUUAACGCUUACUUCGCCAAAAACAGGCCUCAGUUGCCUCAAAUUCCUAACUACAAUACUGUUGGGGCUGGAGUGGACUAUAUGUUCAAGAACAAAGUCGGAGGAUCAGUAGGUAUAGCUCACACACCAUACUUUGACAAGACGGACUACUCGCUCAACGGUAAUAUCAACUUGUUCAGAAACAAAGGUUCGUCACUAGACUUCAACGCCGGUUUAAGCAAGUCUGUAUCGCCAUUUAUGGAGAAAUCAAGUUGGGAGCCGACCACUGGAUUUACCUUAAGGAAAAUAUUUUAA